AUUCAUAUGAUAUGAUACGUUUUUUUAACGUCUUUGGCUCUCCCAUUUUCGUUAUCACUGAUACGUUCGGCAUUGUUGUUCUUCUCGUCGAACGCCAUUCUCUUGUAAUUCACUCGUCGUGUUAAUAAAACGUUUACUUACAAACUGGAAAAAUGGUGAAUGUACCUAAACAGAGACGUACGUACUGCAAGAAAUGCAAGGUACAUAAGGUACACAAGGUAACACAGUACAAAAAAUCUAAGGAACGUCAAGCUUCCCAGGGUCGUCGUCGUUACGACCGAAAACAGAGUGGUUUCGGUGGUCAGACUAAGCCUAUUUUCAGAAAGAAGGCUAAAACAACCAAAAAGAUUGUCUUAAGGAUGGAGUGUUCUGAAUGCAAAUACCGUAAACAAAUCCCAUUGAAACGUUGCAAGCAUUUUGAAUUGGGAGGUGACAAGAAACGAAAGGUAAGAAAUAUUAUUAUUUUAAAUAUUUCAUUUCGUUAAUUUAACUAUUUUUAUUUUUCAGGGCCAAAUGAUCCAGUUUUAAGUUGUAAACAUAUUUUUGUUACUUUUAAGACCAAUAUAUAAGUGCUACUGCAAAA